AUGUUCUUCGCCAACGAGAACAGAGACAUUGUCAGAGCUGAGAACCCUGGUAUCAGCUUUGGUCAGGUCGGUAGAUUGUUGGGUGAGAAGUGGAAGGCUCUCUCCACCGAGGACAAAACUCCAUACGAGAACAAGGCAGCUGCUGACAAGAAGAGAUAUGAAAAAGAGAAGGCCGAAUACGCCAAGAGACACGAUCAUCCAGCAGCCUCAACCUCUGGUGGUUCGGUCAUUGCCAACUUGCGUAAAUUGUUAGAAGAUUUCCGUUCAGAUGCACUCGUUGAUCCUUUCGAUGAAGAAGACGUUGAAAUAAAGCCCGAACUUCGUAUUUACAACGUGGAGUUGGCCAAAUUUAAUGAACAGAAGCAAGUCACUUGGCUCACAGGUCCAUGGUUGUACUUGGAGUGCUACUUAUACCAACUUUUAGACUUGUGGUUCAAGAAGACAGAGGACUUGGCUGAUUUUGAUGUCUUCGAAAGAUUGAAGAACAACACCUUCAAGCAAUCUUCCUUUGGAGUGUUGGAACUCUGCAAGAGAUACGAAGUUCUUGCCAGGCAAUUGGUGAUCGAUGAAGUUGAUGAAGAGGCUUUGAGACUUUUAUUCAACGAGUUUAUCGAUAUCUCCUUGUGGGGUAAUGCAACUGAUUUGUCUUUGUUAGCAGGAAAUGUCACUUUGGAGGACAUCAAAAGCGUUCAGGGUGCUGAGGUGAGAAAGAAAAAUGAGGAAAAGAUCAUCGUCAACGACAUAUCUAAGGUGUGGACACACCUCAAGCAUUCUUCGGAGAGAAGAAUUGACAUUGUAUUGGAUAACUCUGGUUUUGAGUUGUUUGCUGAUUUGUGCUUGGCUUUGUUCUUGCUUGACUCGAGAUUGAUCAACAAAGUCGUUCUUCAUUGCAAGGAGAUCCCUUGGUUUGUAAGCGAUACCAUGCCCAAGGAUUUCAAGAACUUGCUUGAACAAUUGAGUGACCUGUCUUUUUUCCCUGAGAUUUAUGGUAACAAUGAAGACAAGAGUGCGAUUACGUUUUUGUUCACCAAAAUACAAAGUUACGUUUCAUAUGGACAAUUGACCACGCAGCACCAUCCAUUCUGGACCUCUUGUGAGAACUACUGGGAGAUUCCACAACAUAGCGACUUGUACCAAGAAUUGAAGAAGUCUGAUUUGAUCAUUUUCAAAGGAGACUUGAAUUACAGAAAAUUGACGGGUGACUUGGAGUGGGACACAACGACUCCAUUCAUCACAGCCAUUCAACAGUUGGCCUCUUCUCAAUUGCCAAUCUUGACGCUCAGAACGUGUAAGGCAGACGUUGUGGUCGGAUUGCCAUCGGGACUCAAUGAAAAGUUGAUUAGAGAGUACAAGGCCAUGGGCAAUGAUAUUGGGGAGUUUUGGACCGCUUCUGGAAAAUGGGCAGUUAUUAGCUUCUCUCCUGGAAAUAACUAG